AUGGCUGAACCGCAGAGUGUUAAACGCGCGCGAUCCAAUACUAUUGGCGAUGCCCACAACACAACAACGCCAUCAUGGGAAGAGAUCUCCCAGCGCGUCCAGACUCUCGACGAACAGAGUAUCGCCAAUAUUCUCGUAUACGCAGCGCAAAUCCAUCCUGAUAUCAUGAACAUGGUGGACCACGCCAUUCAUGUAAGCCGGGAGAGAGAGAGAAAUACCAUCAUCAACUUCGACGAAGAUUCGAGAGAAGUCUGGCAAUUGAUUAAUAUCACACAUCGCUACGAGCGCAGUUCAAAGCAGUACGAAAUAGCGGGCGAUGUCGUUGAGGAAGUCGUCGAUACCAUCGAAUCAAUCGCGGAAGAGUGUGGACCUUCUGUAAACCCACAGACACGCUACAAUGGGCUCUCCGUACUGCGAAAAAUUGGCAAGACGAUUGCGCUUUCUACCAAGGAUACACUAGGCCGUGAGGUGCAGGAAUCGUUCCAAUCCGAUAGCUCUCUUGUGGAUGCGAUGAUAAAAAUCAUCAAUUCUAUGACAGCGGAUGAAGUCCGAGCGAUCAGAGAGGAUAACUCAAGUCCAACAGCAUUGUGGCCAAAAUUACAGGAAUUGGAAAAGCUGGCCGAGACUGAAUGCAUUCAUCCUGGACUAGAAGAAGUGUUGGAUCUAUUGUAUCCUGGUCGAGGUGAGGAUGAAGAAGAAAUGGAUGAAGAGGGAGAGGAAGGGGAAGACGAGGACGAUGAUGGAAAGGAAUUGGACACAGAGGAGUAUGAUGUCUAUGAAGUGCAGCCAUGA